AUGAUGAGAUGAUGAUGAGGUGAUGAUGAGGUGAUGAUGAAACGAGGAUGAUGAUGAUGAUGACGAUGAUGGAGUGGGUACCUGGGGGUGGUCAACCGCUUUUUUUUCACCGGCGUAAGUUAAUUCGAAUUGUCCCGCCAAGUGAAUGGUUUCCCCCGUCGUUUUGGCCCCAGCACGCCACCUCGCCGAUUCCCGCAGAUCUCGGCGAAACGAUAGGCCCGCCUUAUUGCCACCGAUGGGAACGUUAGUAACGCGUGCCACUCUCAGUGUUUUAUCCAAAAAAGAAAAAAAGAAAAAAAAAAACGAACCAAUAAUCCGCAUCCCGAAAAAUUGACACAUCAAUUAUCCCCACGAUCACUCAAUUUUCACCAAUGAUAAGUGAUAAUUCGUUUAUUCUUUUAUUUUUGGCCGGAGUGUUCCUGGGACUCGGUGGAAUCAACGGCUACGAAAAAUCACCAUGAGUGCAUGGACUCGUGAGUUUGUGGUUGUGUGUGGGGUAAACACGCACGUGGCCAUGGCGUUUAGCACAAUCGAGCGAGCGUCAGUGGUGUAGAUUUUUUUUUUUUUUCACUUUUUAAAUCUUCUUUUUUUGUUGACUGAAUAAUUAUUGAAAUGUGGCAAUUGCACGGGGAAUAGGUACGACGCGAACUAUCGACUGCUUUGCCAACUGUCGGCUAAUUCGCCGACGGCCAAUCGUUACUUUUUUUUUUUCUCUCUUAACAUUUUUUGGCUGUUAUUUCUUACCAACGAGAAUUCGAUUCGGUUACAGACAGUUUUUCAGUGAGUGAGAUUGUGGGUCAGCGGUCAGCCAAGAUCAGGAGCGUACCGAUUUAUUAUCAAUGCUGGGACGAUAGCAAUAUUUAUUCUGUGUGUGAUAAAUUGUGAGAUCUUGUUUUUUUUUUUUGGGGGGGGUACGUCGUGGGUGCUAUCGAUAAACAUUGCUGGGAGGAUGGAGACAAUGUUGUUGCCAUUGACGAUGUGUCCUGUCGUUGAUGACAAUUGGAUAUGACAAUGCCAAAAAAAUGUAAUAUUAUGUUUAUCAGAGAUUAUUUUUCAAUACCCAAUGGCCAUUUCCUGUUGAUUGAUUGGCUAAUUGUGUGAAUGGAUAUGAUACUUGCGUGUGUGACGGAGAGAGUGAAACAAAGGGAGUCGUUGUGAACGGAUUUUGAUACUGGCGCGCCGUACGUACUGUACAAGGACAAUAUGGAGAGACCCCAGGGCCAGUGGGCACCGGGGCCGGGUUCUCUCCAGGACGGUGGUCUGUAUGGUCAACAGCAGCCCCAGAAUCAGCAGCCACAGGCACCGCAGCCCCAGCAGCAGGCAUCAUCGUCGUCUGGUAGUCCACAGCAGGCAUGUGGUCCACCAGUCGAGGGUGAAACAGGACCACCACCGAUGGCAUCACCAGUGCCAUCGCCCUAUCCAUCAGGUCCCACUGAUCAACAGGCUCUGACACCACCAGAGGAUGACAUUAACACUGGCCAGACAAGUGCACAGCAGCAGGCACAACAGCAAGCAGCUCAGCAGCAGGCAGCCCAUCAACAGGUAGCAGCUCAGCAGGCCCAGCAACAGCAGCAACAGCAGCAGCAACAGCAACAACAACAACAGCAACAGCAGCAGGCGAGUCAGCAGCAGCAGCAGCAGCAGCAGAGUGGUCCACAGUCGCAGCAGGGAAGUGGCCAACAGGAGCACUCACCACAGCAACAACUUACACCUCACGAGGUUGAGAGAGGUGACUGUUUUCCUGGUACUGGUGAUCUCCAACAAUAUCCACAGCAUUAUUUCAAGGAUGCAAGACCACACGCAUCACCCUCUGUUCCACCUCACAUGCUAACACCCGGUGGAUUCUCAGCACUUCAUUAUUUGAAACAACCCGGUGUAAUGCUGACAUCUCUCGGUCAGGGUGAUGGUGGUACAAGCCUCGAGGCUCAUCAGUAUGCAAGCCCUGGUGGCGCCAAUAUGGCUAAUGUAUUGCCCGAUAUUGUUCAGCAAAAUGGUAAAUCAUCGAAAGGUGCUAAUAGUGAUUUAAGAUUGUUCAAGUGUUUAACGUGUGGUAAAGACUUUAAACAAAAAUCAACGUUACUCCAACACGAGAGAAUUCAUACUGACAGUCGACCAUAUGGUUGUCCAGAGUGUGGAAAGAGAUUCAGGCAACAGUCACAUCUUACUCAGCAUCUACGUAUUCACGCUAAUGAGAAGCCGUUUGCUUGUGUUUACUGCGAGCGCACCUUCCGACAACGCGCCAUCCUCAAUCAGCAUCUGCGCAUCCACUCGGGUGAGAAGCCAUACCAAUGUCCGGAGUGCGGAAAACACUUCCGUCAGAAGGCGAUCCUGAAUCAGCACGUCCGCACACACCAAGAUGUGAGUCCACAUCUGAUCUUCAAGAAUGGCAUGACACCAACCCUGUGGCCACAGGAUGUACCCUUUCCCCCUGAAGACGGUAAAGAGGAAGUCGCCUCGACAUUCGGUGACAAUGACACACAGUCAGGUGCAUUUAGUCCAUCACCCGAUGGCAACUCAAUUCAAUAUCCCGCCUAUUUCAAGGACCCCAAGGGUGGCAAUCAUGCUGUCUUUGGUACAGGUGGUCCAAGCAGUUUUGGUGCAUUACAGUACAUAAAACAGCAGCAGGGUAGCAGUGGUGGUAGUGGUAAUGGUACAAAUGGUGGUAAAUCAUGUUUACCCGAUGUAAUACAGCACGGUAGAUCAGCGGGUAUGCCACUUUACGUACGAUGUCCAAUAUGCCAAAAGGAAUUUAAACAGAAGAGUACGUUACUCCAGCACGGUUGUAUACAUAUAGAAUCAAGACCCUAUCCAUGCCCAGAGUGUGGCAAGAGAUUCCGACAGCAGUCACACCUAACACAACACUUGCGCAUCCAUACCAAUGAAAAGCCGUACGGCUGUGUCUACUGUGGACGUAAUUUUCGACAGAGAACAAUACUUAAUCAGCAUUUACGGAUACACACUGGGGAAAAGCCGUACAAGUGUCAGCAGUGUGGCAAGGAUUUCCGGCAAAAAGCAAUACUCGAUCAGCACACGAGGACACACCAGGGUGACAGGCCAUUCUGCUGUCCAAUGCCAAAUUGUCGCAGGCGAUUUGCCACUGAGCCUGAGGUCAAGAAGCACAUUGACAAUCACAUGAAUCCACAUGCUAGCAAAGUCAGGAGGAAUUCUAGUAGCGAUGUCAAGGGCGCUGGUGCAUCAUCAUCAAUUGGUCCUGUACCAGUACCAAGGGGAUUGACACCAACUGUUGUUAAACCUGAACUGUAUUUUCCACAGUGUUAUGCACCGGCUUUCAAUCAUCAACCACCAGUAUCGUCGUCGCAAUUCCCUGGUCAGACUAAUGGGGUUACUGUUUCGGGUGAAUUUAAAACACCAUCGGCAUUACCACCCCAGUGACUAACCGUCCAUCCUGCCGCCUAUUAGCAAGCAGGAAUACCGCUCAAGUUUCAGCGUUGCUUUGGUACUAAUGCCAUCGGUACCGGGGGUAAUUCCCAUCUGGCCCAGCCACAGCAACAUUACCCGUGACAUGAAUUACUUUUUCGUGCAUUUAUACAGCAUUUUUUUAUUUUUCGUGGUUUUAACGGGAGAAAUAGUGGGAAUUGUUUGUUUGUUUUCUAUAUUAUUUUCUCUCAUGUUUGGAUUUAUUUCCGUUUCACUCUCACUCGUGUCAAUGAUUUAGCCGAUCGCGCUUCCUUAAUUUUAUCAGACGCGUUUCUUUCCCUGUAUAAAUAUAUUAAAUAUAAUAACGGGUUGAAAAUGUUCGAUUUCGACCAGACUGAAACGAUUGUGAUACAAUAUUUAACUUGCCUAUGUUUAAAGAGCAAAAUUUCGAUGAGAAAAAUUGAGUCAAGUUGAGUAUGUGGAUAAAUAGUGCAAGAGGAUGAGACAUGCUGGUGAGGACGUCUGUACAUAAUGUAAGAGGUGGAUUUAUUAAUGAAAAAUUUGUUGGAGAGUGAGGGGAGAGAGAGAGGGAGUGGUGACGUUGCGGGUGAAUGAGGUGGAUAGGUAUCGCUAACGGGGAAUAAAAUAUUGAUAAAUAUUGAGAAUAAAUAAUGGAAGAGGGCGGACGGACACCCACUGUGCUACGAAGAUUAAAAUAUGAUAAAUACGUCACAGCAUAUUUGACGAUACGAUGUACGAAGAAAGGUAUGAAUUCUUGUAUACUAUUAUGAUAUUUGAGUGUAUAUUUAUACAGGUAAUUCCAGUCUAUACGAUAUUUUGAUUGGUUUUUAAUGAAUCAGAUUGGUGCUGAUAAGUAGAUAAGGUAGGUGUGGGAGGGAUCAUUUUAAAAAAUGAAAUGAGGAGGGAACGUGGAAGAAGGCUGAGAACAAUGUAGUGUAGGGUUAAAAUGAUAAGUUAAAAUGAUAGGUAGUAGUUGGGAUUGGGCUCAACUGGAGGACCAAUUGUGUCCGCUCAUCAGAUUAUAUUAUCAUUCGUACAUUUCGUGGCAAUACUUAAGGGAGUGUUGAGAUAAUACCCACUACCCACAGAGGUGAAUUUAAAAUCAUACAUAAGAACAAUUUUACGUGCUAGACAUAGUCUUUUAAAUUUCUAUAUUAAGCCGUGUGAUCUCUCUGAUUAUUGUACAUUUACAUUGAUCUAUCUGGUAGAUUAUUAAGGACGUUGAGAAUAUUAAUGAUGUAUUAGGGUCUUCUAUAGUCUUAUUAUUUAGGGAGAUUGAGAGGGAGAUAUUAUUGUGCGGCCAUAUUCGUUGUGGCCUGUUCGUAGUGCCUCGGAAUUGCUGCUCGCGGCAGUGAUUUGAUCGUAUUUUAGGAAUGGUAUAUUAUAAAUGAAACAACUGCAAUUACUAUCGGUACUCUCGUUAGAUUUAAUGAAACAGAUUUAACAAAAAAAAAAGUACUAGAAAAUGUGAGUGACGUGUCGAUUGCGCACGAUUAACAAAAUUUAAUAUUUCAUUCAUUAAAUUAUUAUUAUCGUUCUUUAUAUAUAUAUACAAAUAUAUAUCAUUAUUAUUAUCGUCAUAUUUUAUAUGCCAAGCGCCAAACAGAGGGUCAAUUUUGACGAUGUGAUCGUGGCUAUUGGACGUACUAAAUUUGUUUAAUUCGAAAUUUUCAACAAAAUUAUUGGAUAAUAUAAUAAAUAAUUUUUUUUUUU